GGAAGUGCUUCCUUAGCCCGCGGCGCGCGUGUGCAGGACGAAGUCGUGGCGGCCCCCGCGGCGGCUGGAAAGACAACGGUUUCACCAGAGUCUGAUCCAGCCCCGAGGCCUUCGCCAUGGACUUCCAGCAUCGUCCCGGGGGCAAGACCGGGAGUGGGGGCGUGGCCUCCUCCUCCGAGAGCAACCGAGACCGCAGGGAGCGUCUCCGGCAGCUGGCCCUGGAGACCAUCGACAUCAACAAGGACCCUUAUUUCAUGAAGAACCACCUGGGCUCCUACGAGUGCAAGCUGUGCCUGACGCUCCACAACAACGAGGGGAGUUACCUCGCGCACACCCAGGGGAAGAAGCAUCAGACCAACUUGGCCCGGCGAGCAGCCAAGGAGGCCAAGGAGGCCCCCGCCCAGCCGGCGCCCGAGAAGGUCAAGGUGGAGGUGAAGAAGUUUGUGAAGAUCGGCCGCCCAGGCUACAAAGUGACCAAGCAGAGGGACACGGAGAUGGGCCAGCAGAGUCUCCUCUUCCAGAUCGACUACCCCGAGGUCGCCGAGGGCAUCGUGCCGCGCCACCGCUUCAUGUCCGCCUACGAGCAGAGGAUUGAGCCCCCAGACCGGCGCUGGCAGUACCUGCUCAUGGCCGCCGAGCCCUACGAGACCAUCGCCUUCAAGGUGCCCAGCAGGGAGAUUGACAAGGCCGAGGGCAAGUUUUGGACUCACUGGAACCGGGAGACCAAGCAGUUCUUCCUCCAGUUUCACUUUAAGAUGGAGAAGCCACCCGCCCCGCCCAGCCUGCCCGCCGGGCCUCCUGGGGUGAAGCGGCCCCCACCCCCACUGAUGAACGGCCUGCCCCCGCGGCCGCCACUGCCCGAGUCUCUGCCCCCACCUCCACCUGGAGGCCUGCCACUGCCACCCAUGCCGCCCAGCGGGCCUGCCCCCUCGGGGCCCCCGGGCCCUCCCCAGCUGCCCCCUCCAGCCCCUGGGGUCCACCCCCCGGCACCCGUGGUCCACCCGCCAGCAUCUGGGGUUCACCCCCCAGCUCCCGGGGUUCACCCCCCGGCACCAGUGGUCCACCCACCAGCAUCUGGGGUCCACCCCCCUGCUCCUGGGGUCCAUCCUCCAGCCCCAGGAGUUCAUCCUCCAGCCCCAGGGGUCCACCCACCAGCCCCAGGGGUCCAUCCCCCCCCAUCUGCUGGGGUUCACCCUCAGGCCCCAGGGGUGCACCCACCGGCUCCUGCAGUUCACCCCCAGGCCCCGGGGGUGCACCCACCAGCUCCUGCAGUUCACCCCCAGGCCCCGGGGGUCCAUCCAGCAGCUCCUGGGGUCCAUCCACCAGCCCCAGGAAUCCACCCCCAGCCUCCUGGGGUUCACCCUCCACCUCCUGGGGUCCACCCUUCAGCUCCUGGGGUCCAUCCUCCAGCUCCUGGGGUCCACCCCCAGCCUCCUGGAGUUCACCCCUCAAAUCCUGGGGUGCACCCCCCGACUCCCAUGCCCCCGAUGCUGAGGCCCCCACUGCCCUCCGAAGGCCCUGGGAACAUUCCACCCCCUCCCCCCACCAACUGAAAAGCCACCCCAUCCUGGCAAGUCUGGUUUUGUUUCCUGUAUUUGCCUCCUGGAGCAAAGUUCGUGUUUCUGUACCCGGCUGAGUUGUGUCCCCA